AAGAGGCGGCCUCACGAGCGAGCGAGCCGGUGGCGGCUGAGGUGGGAAGGGGAGGAAGCGCCGCAGGUCCCCAUCAUGGCGGGGGCCGGCGCCCGGGAGAAGCGCUCCACGGCGGCGCGCCUGAAGGCGGCCCUCAGCGGCGGCGGCGGCGAGGAGGGCGAGGCCGGCGCGGAGCUGCGGGCGCUGCUGGAGCGGGUGCUGCGGCCUGGCGAGGCGUCGUCGUCGUCGGAGGCGUUGGCGUGGUGCCGGUGCCUGCUGGCGGGCGGCGAGCCGUGGGACGGCUUCGUGCAGGCGGUGCGGGCCUACGACCCGGCCACGCUGUGCGGCCUGGUGUGGACGGCCAACUUCGUGGCCUACCGCUGCCGGACCUGCGGCAUCUCGCCCUGCAUGAGCCUCUGCGCCGAGUGCUUCCACCAAGGCGAGCACGCCGGCCACGACUACAACAUGUUCCGCAGCCAGGCCGGCGGCGCCUGCGACUGCGGGGACGGCAAUGUCAUGCGGGAGGCCGGGUUUUGCAGAAGGCACAGAAUAAAAUCAAGCUCAGAAGUUCCAUCUGUUCCAAAAGACCUGCUGAUAAUGUCAGAACUGGUUCUUCCACAGUUCAUUUUCUGUAUUAUACAGUACUUAAGGGAAGGCUACAAUGAACCAGUUCUUGAUCUACCGUCAGAAAAAGACCUUCAGAAAGUUCUUCAGAUAUUGGAACCGCACAUUUCAUUUCUGGAAGAUCUGACAAAAAUGGGCGGAGCGAUGCGUUCAGUCCUUACUCAGGUUUUGACAAAUCAGCAGUUCUAUAAAGAUCUCAGCUCUGGUGGUGGAGAAAAUGCCUGUGCCAAGAAAAGCCAUGAAAAAUACCUUAUAGCGUUGAAAGGUUCUGGACUGACCUUUCCGGAAGAUAAACUCGUCGGCGGAGUGCAGGAACAAACGCCUGGAGCCAGCACAUCAGCACUUCAAGGUUGUGCAGGUGCUACACCCGCUUCAGGGCAAGGUGAUUCUUCAGAUGAGGAGGACCAAGAUGGUAGCCAAGGACUAGGAAAGCGCAAGAGAGUGAAACUGAGCAGCACCACCAAAGAUCAAUCCAUCAUGGAAGUUUUGAAACAUAAAUGUUUUCUAGAAGAAUUAUUAUUUUGGACAAUAAAGUAUGAAUUUCCCCAGAAGAUGGUGACUUUCUUGCUCAACAUGCUUCCGGAUCAAGAUUAUAAGAUCGCUUUUACGAAAACGUUUGUGCAGCAUUAUGCCUUCAUUAUGAAAACACUGAAGAAAAGCCACGAGUCUGACACGAUGUCUAACAGAAUUGUACACAUCAGCGUCCAGCUGUUCAGCAAUGAGGAGCUGGCCCGGCAAGUGACAGAAGAAUGCCAGCUCCUCGAUAUUAUGGUGACCGUCCUGCUGUAUAUGAUGGAAAGCUGCCUUAUUAAAAGCGAACUGCAAGAUGAAGAAAACAGUUUGCAUGUAGUGGUGAACUGUGGAGAAGCGCUUCUGAAGAACAACACCUACUGGCCACUUGUCAGUGACUUCAUUAAUAUCCUUUCACACCAAAGUGUGGCUAAGAAGUUCUUGGAGGAUCACAGACUAUUAGUCAUGUGGAUGAACUUUGUAUCAUUUUUUCAAGGGAUGAAUUUAAACAAGAGAGAACUUAACGAGCAUGUUGAGUUUGAAUCCCAAACUUAUUACGCUGCUUUUGCUGCCGAGCUCGAGGCCUGUGCCCAACCAAUGUGGGGGCUACUGUCCCACUGCAAAGUCAGGGAGACACAGGAAUAUACGCAAAAUGUUGUCAAGUACUGCCUAGAAGCCCUUCAAGACUGGUUUGAUGCCAUCAACUUUGUGGAUGAACCUACUCCGAAUCAGGUCACUUUUCAUCUUCCACUGCAUCGUUACUACGCUAUGUUUCUGAGUAAGGCUGUUAAAUGUCAAGAAGUAGAUCUAGAUUCCCUUCUCCCAGAUCAGGAAAUGCUGAUGAAGCUUAUGGUUCAUCCACUUCAAAUUCAGGCCAGCCUCUCUGAAAUCCAUAGUAAUAUGUGGGUAAGGAAUGGCCUGCAGAUUAAAGGACAAGCCAUGACUUACGUGCAGUCUCACUUCUGUAACUCUAUGAUUGAUCCCGACAUUUACCUGUUACAGGUUUGUGCUUCUAGACUUGACCCAGAUUAUUUUAUUUCCUCGGUUUUUGAAAGGUUCAAGGUGGUUGAUCUCCUAACAAUGGCUUCUCAACAUCAGAAUACAGUGCUAGACGCAGAGCACGAGAGAUCAAUGUUAGAAGGGGCACUAACAUUUCUUGUCAUUCUGUUAAGUCUACGUUUACACUUAGGAAUGACUGAUGAUGAGAUCCUGAGAGCGGAGAUGGUUGCUCAGCUGUGUAUGAAUGACAGGACGCACAGUUCACUACUAGACCUCAUUCCAGAAAACCCUAAUCCUAAAAGUGGCAUCGUUCCUGGAAGUUUAAGCUUCGAAUCAAUGUUGUCAGCUGUGGCAGAUUUCAAAGCUCCUAUAUUUGAGCCUGGGGGCUCUAUGCAGCAAGGAAUGUAUACACCUAAAGCUGAAGUUUGGGAUAAGGAAUUUGACCCAGUCAUGGUAAUUCUUCGCACUGUUUAUCGUAGAGAUGUGCAGUCUGCGAUGGACCGAUACACAGCAUUUUUAAAGCAGAGUGGAAAAUUUCAUGGGAAUCCCUGGCCUCCAUACAAGAAGAGAACUAAUUUACACCCAAGCUAUAAAGGACUGCUGAGGCUCUUGCACUGCAAAACGUUGCACAUUGUGUUGUUCACUCUACUGUACAAGAUAUUAAUGGAUCAUCAAAACCUUUCAGAACACGUCCUCUGCAUGGUUUUGUAUUUGAUCGAACUGGGGCUAGAGAACUCAUCUGAGCAAGAGCCUGAUGAAGAAGAUUCUGUGGGAGGACAAGAACGGUGCCACGAUAGCUGGUUCCCAGGGAAUAACUUGGUGUCAAACAUGCGCCAUUUCAUUAACUAUGUCCGCGUAAGAGUACCAGAAACAGCUCCAGAGGUGAAAAGAGAGCCACCUGCAAGUACAAGCGCUGAUGGUUUUGCUGCUUCUCAGAAUCCGAGGCGGCCUAAAGGACUUCAGAGAGAGAAUUCAGGGACAGCACAGGUGUUCAGCUUGGUGGCAGAGCGUAGGAAGAAAUUUCAGGAAAUCAUCAACCGCAACACCAGCGAAGCCAGUCAGGCGGUUCGGCCCAAGACUUCCAUGAAAUGGUCUGCUCCGGGCGCAACACCCCAGCUAACAACAGCUAUUCUGGAGGUCAAAGAAAGCAUCUUGUCUUUGCUGGUUAAGCUUCACCAUAAACUGUCAGGAAAGCAAAACUCUUAUUACCCUCCCUGGUUGGAGGACAUGGAAACUUUACUUCCGCAAGAAAACCCUAAAUAUUUUCACGGGGACGGGAUGACGGCUGUUGAAAGGAUACUAUUGAAAGCUGCACUUCAAAGCAGAAUGAACAAACGUAUAAUUGAAGAAAUAUGUAGAAAAGUGACUCCGCCUGUGCCCCCUAAAAAGAUUAGCCCCACAGAGAAGAAGACGUUGGACAAAGAAGAAAGGCGUCAGAAGGCUAGAGAGAGGCAGCAGAAGUUGUUAGCUGAAUUUGCAUCGAGACAGAAAAGCUUCAUGGAAACCGCCAUGGAUGUUGAGUCGCCAGAUACAGAUAUUGCUAUGGAGAUAACAGCAUCAGAACAGCAUGUUUCAGAAGCCAUGUACGACUGUGUGAUUUGUGGCCAGAGCGGCCCUUCCACUGAAGACCGACCAGCAGGAUUGGUUGUUCUCUUACAGGCCUCUUCAGUUUUGGGGCAAUGCCGUAAUAGUUCUGAGCCCAAGAAGCUGCCGACUACAGAAAAGGAGCAGAUUUACGCUCGGGAUACAUGCGCAGCUGUCUAUGAAGAACGACUUGCAAUUUUACAAAAGUUCUUUAAAGAUAGUUCCUGUCUGCAGUCAGUAUCAAUUGGCUGGGAAGGAGGCGUCUAUGUACAAACCUGUGGACACACGUUGCACAUAGAUUGUCAUAAAUCCUACAUGGAAUCGUUACGGAACGAUCAGGUCCUCCAGGGAUUUUCGGUGGAUAAAGGAGAAUUUACUUGCCCUUUAUGUAGGCAGUUUGCCAACAGUGUCCUCCCAUGUUAUCCCGGCAACAAUGUGGAGAGAAACCUUUGGCAAUGUCACAGUAACAAGAACAUGCAAGAUCUCAUAAAGGAAGUCGAAGAGCUACAAGAGCAGCUGGGAACUUUCCCCGUAAGCAUCAGUUCAGAAACCAACUUAAGCAAAGAAAUGGAGUCUGUGAUGAAGGAUAUCAAAAGCACUACCCAGAAAAAAUACACUGAUUACAGCAAGACUCCUGGAUCACCAGACAAUGAUUUUCUUUUCAUGUAUUCAGUAGCCAGGACAAAUUUGGAACUUGAACUGGUACAUCGGGGAGGCAACCUCUGUCAAGGAGGUGCAAGUACGGCUGGAAAGAGAUCAUGUUUACAUCAGCUGUUUCAUGUGUUGGCUAUGCAUAUGCGACUCUACAGCAUUGAUUCGGCUUACAACCCAUGGAAAAAGCUAACACAGUUGAUAGAAGACAAGAAUUUGCAGAUACUCAAUGAAGAGCAACCAGAAGUUCCAGUUCUUUAUAGAGAUGUUUUAUCCCUUUUGCUCGUCCAGAUUUUAACCAUGCCACAGCCGUUGCACAAAGAACACUUUACCUGUAUCAUAAAGGUGCUUUUCACAUUAUUGUAUAUACAAGCUCUCGUUGCACUUUCUACUAAAGGCAGCACUGAUGACAGGACAACUUGGAUGAAUUCAGGAGUUUUGAAAAAGAAUAUAUCCAAUGCAAAAACAUCUCAUGAAGCAUUACUGAGCCAUGUGAUCAGUGAACUCUCCAAAGGGAAAGUAUACAAUCAAGACGAAACUGAAGAUCUGUCCAUGGAUAACAACAGUGCUUGGUGUCUACACUCCCCAGAGACUUAUUUGCAGCAAUUCUGCCUGCCUUUCCUCAGGAUCACGAGCCUUCUCCAGCACCAUCUCUUUGGAGGAGAAUUACCCAGUUGUCAGGAAGAUGAGGAGUUUACAGUUCUUGCCAACUGUCUGGGCUUGUUACCGUCAUCUUUUCAGUCCUCGCAUCAUUUUUCCAGUGCCUCAUGUCUGGAUUGGCCAGUGCCAGCCUUUGACAUCAUAUCCCAGUGGUGCUCAGAAUUGGUUUCGUUUGCAGAUAAACAUCCAACGCAAGUAAAGUCUUUAUUUUUGCAGGAAUCCAAAUGGGACUUACCACGCCUCCUACAGUUGCCUGAAAAUUACAACACUAUUUUCCAGUACUAUCACAGAAAAAGUUGUUCCGUCUGUACCAAAGUCCCCAAAGAUCCUGCUGUCUGUCUCGUCUGUGGCACUUUUGUGUGUUUGAAAGGAUUGUGCUGCAAACAACAGAGCUACUGUGAAUGCGUGUUGCACUCACAAAACUGUGGCGCUGGGACAGGCAUAUUCCUUUUGAUCAAUGCCUCUGUCAUCAUCAUAAUUCGGGGUCAUCGGUUUUGCCUUUGGGGCUCAGUUUACCUAGAUGCACAUGGUGAAGAAGACAGAGAUCUCAGACGUGGGAAGCCCCUUUAUAUAUGUAAGGAACGAUACAAAGUGCUGGAGCAGCAGUGGAUUUCGCAUACCUUUGACCACAUCAACAAAAGAUGGGGGCCACAUUACAAUGGUUUGUAGAUCACCAGCCAUCAUCACCCCCACUCUUGCCUUUACAAUGAAUGCCACUUUGGCCGGCUUUAGCUAUAAGGGAUUGAGAAUUUGUGGCUUCACUGGGGAAGAGAGUCAAGCCACACCUCCUUGUGAAAGCCCUGGGUUAGGUAGGUGCUGGUAAAAAAAAAAAGGCAAUGGCAAAAAAGAAUGCAAAGUACAUCAGUGCUGGUUAAUUUGAGAGCAGCAUCUACAUUCAUAUGUCCAGCUGUUGCUUUUUAACCCAUUAGACAAGCACAAAUUGUACUUUAAAGAACAAUGCCAGUACAUGGCUAUACUGAGCGUUUAUUUUUCGCAGAUUGGGUUUGUUUAUGCUGAAACACUGUAUGGGUGUAGUAACCUUGCUAAACACCUUGCUCCCCUCCCCUCCCCACCCACUCCCAAACCCUUUUGCCUUUCUUUGUGUUGCUUUAAUUUUUUUGCUCGAUACGUAUUUGUAAGUAUGGCAGAGUUGUAACACCUUUUUUUGGUUUCUUUUCUCUGAGGUUGUAUAGAAAAAAAAUGGUCUAAAAGAUUUUUAGAGAAUAUUUCGCUGAUUGCCGGAAGGCGAUUUGAAAUAGUUUCAGGCAUUUGCCGAAAAGAAGAAAAAAAAGUAUUCAUUCUCAGGAAUUUCAUAGAUAUACUCCAGAGAUUAGUGAAAUAGCUGUAAAAUAGAUAGCUCACUGCUCUUAAUGUAAUAGGGUGCAUUUGCAGUAUUCUGUCUUGGCCAUUUCAGAGAGCUUUAUUUACUGGUAAUUCUAACACAUCCAUUUUGCUGUGUGCCCAUAUAUACAUUUUGUAAAUGCCCCUGAUGGUGGAUCAUCAUCCCUCAGAAGCGUGGCGUGUUUUUCAUAUCCACUGAGCUGUAUGUUUCAGCAUAAGUGGAAGCUGGAAACGUAUUUGGGAGCCCAGUCAAUGAGGCAUAAUUUGGAAUCUGCCCUAUAACCUUAGAUGGUUUCUUUUUGUUGUAUUUAUAAAGCACUUGCUGCUCUUUCUGCUUGGAUUCCUUAGUAGAAGAGAUCUGGAACAGUGCAGAGGAAUGACUUUAGUAGUUCUGUGACACAAGGCGAAUGAAUAUUUUCAUCUGCCUCUCCUGCAAAGAAUGCCAAACAAACAGCCUCACUCCCAUCCGGAAAAGGGUGAGUGGAGAGCUUUGAGUGCAGAUUCUUAUUUAAAAAGAAAUUACAGUUUUGCCCAUUGGCUGUUUGGUACAGAAAGGGACAAGAUCCAGGCUCCUGCCUUCUACUUCCUGAAUAAUCAGUUGCCAGCCCUGGUUGCUGAAUCAGAGAUCAUGGACUACAUGCGUAGCAUCUAAAUGCGUGCAAUGGAUUCACAGGUGUGCAGUGGAUUCACAGGUGGAAGCCAACUGCUACAUGCUGGAUUGGGGUGUGCACUGAAAUCUACAAGAAUGGGCAUAAUUUAAAAAAAAAGAAAAGAAACAAAACCACUUCACCAGGCAGGGAAAAUAGUAGAUCAAUAAUAUGUUGCUGCCAAAACCUUUUCCUCCCUUUUCUUAAACUCUUUCAAAUGAUGCUUUUCAGGACACUUCUGAUUCUUUCAUCCUUAAACUUAACAUAGCUUUUUUCAGUGAAUUUUGUACGUAAACUAAUUUUUUUUAAUUGUGGCGAUAAAACCACAGAUUUAGUUGAAAGCUGCUCUCUGUUCAAAGGUCUGACUGGAAAUCCGUUUCUGAAAAUAACAUAGGAAAUAAUAUGGAACAGGAAAGUUCACCCCUGAGAUGCAAGAGGGAGGCCUCAUAGCCCAUUAGAAUUUUUUCAUGAAGUCUGGAAGUAAAAUACAGUGGUUGCUAUUUUAUAUAAAACCGUGUGUGACCACAGACUAUAGAGAUGAGAGCCACAUAUUUGGAUUCUUCCUACAAACCUACAACUGUUUCACCAACUGAAAAAGUAGUCUUUUACAAAAGCAUUACUACAUUUUUAAUAUUGUAUCAUAUAUUUAGCCUGUAAUAUUUUUGCAUUGGUCAUUUAUUAUAAGGCCUUUUUUGUAAGCUCAGUCAAUGAGCAAAAACAUUCUUGGCGUCUCCCAGCAAAACCACCAACAGAGCUCUUGAAUCUGAGUGUUCUGUUUUUAGCUUGAAACUUCACAAAAGAGGAUAAUGUCUUCAGAAAAAAAAACGGAUUUAAAAAAAUGUUAUUUAAAGUGGAAUGUUUUAUGAUUGUGUAUAUGGGUGUGAAGUAAAAUUAUUAGCCUUAACUUUAAAAACCUUUGUAUUUCAUGGUGUUCAUUUUGAUACUGGUGAAUUAGUCACUAGUCAAGUUUAAGAAAGAGAGGGAAAAGAAAGACACUUGUUUGGAGAUUCUACUUGAAAUACAACUGCAUGCUGCUGAACUAGAAUUUUGAUUUCUCCUGUAAUUUUUUGAAAACCUGCUUUAUUAAGCUUACUUGGGAAAACAAACUAGAAUGGGGUGCGUGUGUGUGUAUGUGUGUGCGUGCGUGCGCUGCUGCUCUUUCUCCAGCUUACUGGUGUGGUAUCUUGUAUGAAUGAUCAUUUAAGUACAGUACAUUACUGUAGAAAUAGAAUCAAUCUCUGACACAUCAAAAAUGCAAAACUAGAAAUAUGGUACUCAGCAUUGUAAAAUAUGUUAAUAAAAAGUCUACUGUCAUUA